AUGAAAAUAAUAAUUGUGGCUGCCUUGUUGGCAGCGGUCGUUGAGGCCAAGGUUUGCCCCUCGCCAACUACCACUGAGGCUCCAAUCUCAACCGAGAGUUCAAGUGUCAGUUCGGCUUCGACUUCAGCGGUCAGUUCGGCUUCAACUUCAGCGGUCAGCUCGGGGUCGACUUCAACGGCCGGCUCGUCAUCGACUUCUAGUUCGACUGCGGUGUCUACAACUAGCGCUGCACCCGUUAGUAAGUGUUCAAAAUUUAAUGUUUUUGCCCUUUGCUGAGUGUUACCUAACUUUAAUUAUCCAGCAUGUAAUCCCAGUACCGGGCAAGCCAAACUCACCUUCUUCAACGCCAUCUACAACGAUGUGGCGAGCAAUACUCGGCAGCUCUGUCAAUGCGAAGACAGUACGGUUUCCCUAAUCAGCUCUGGAAGCUCUGUUAACAACAUCAAAUUGAGACUUAGAGCAAACACAUUUUCGGCCGUUGUGUAUGUUGAUUUUCGGCGCUCUGUUAAGCGAUAUCGAAUCUAUCUACAUUAAUGUGUAUAAUACCUUCAGAUACCCAGAAUUCUCUUGCGACGAUCCGAAGGACUUCCGAGUGAUCUUGAAUGACGGAACAGAGUGUACGGCCUUGGAUAACGACCAAUUCACUUUGGCGAUCAUUCCGUUCUGUGCCGGAGGUAAGAACCGGGCCAAAGAGUCUGUCGGGAAAAUAAUGUCAAUUUGUCGCAGGAAGUCUUGUCGCAUCACAAGAUCUUCAGCCGCGGCUACCUGUCCGUCGCAACGCGAUUAUGAUGGGCGAUUCCAAGGCACAACGAAUCCACAUUAUUUUCUCGACAGACUGAUAAGAUCUACAUCUAGCAUUGCUCUUCAAGUACUUCUCUUAUAAACAAGAGUUGAGCAAUCAGCAUCAUACUCAGUCUUCAUUUUCAGCAUGCCAAAACUAUGGCUAUAUCGUCAACAAGACCGCUGGAGUCUCCAUAACCUGCGGAAGCCAAGUUUUCGAUAUCCCAAGGCAACAAAAAAGCAAUCAACUCAAAUUUGUCGACACUGCCAACUCCAAUCUUGUUGGACCCAUCACCGGGAUCAGUUGUAAAUCCAAACCGGCAGCCCCGACUCAAUGCUUUACCGUGAAAGCCCCGAAAUAUAAUGGAGGUAAAAUAGAUUUUUUGUUGUUUAGUAUCGCUUUUUAAUCUGCUAUUUUCAGCCUGUGCCAAGCCGAAAAACCCAUUGUACACCAAUGGGAUACUGUAAGUGGCAGGUCUUGAGAGCAAUGUUGUUUAAUUUUGCAGCACAAAAAGCUGGGAGAACACGGAGACUGACUGUGCUUGUGACUCAGCCAAUAAAGCAAGUCAAAGCGAUUACGCCAGCGGAAAAUCAGCAAUUGCAAGUGACAACCGAGACAGCGGAUAUGCGUACAUGUAAGUAGCAAUAUUAGAAUUUUCAUAAAGUGUAUGGAACAAAGAAAAAAUGUCAACUGCACAGUGCGUUUGAUUUUUGAAGCAAAAUCGCUGCGACAUAAGCUUGAUUUCCAUUGCACCGUCGCGAAGUUUGAGACAGUUGGAGCAUUCAAAAAUGUUUUGAAAAGGAUCGCGUCGCGCGAAGAAAGCAAACUGCCCAGUGCAAAUGUCCAUGCACUUUAUGAAAAGACUAAAUAUACUAUGCUUUUUUAAAGAUACGUGGAAUUCUUGUUGCGGCGUCUAAAUGCGCUGCGACGCAGCUAAAAAGACUUGCGUAGCGCGAUUUUUGAAUUGCACAGUGCAAAAGUGAAAUUCACGGUGCAAAAAGCCCAAAAUUUAGAAGUAAUGUAAGGCGAAAAAGUCUACGCACUUUAUGUAAAUACUAAUAUCAGUAAGCCCAAAACCGGAAUUUUCCAUACUUGCAGCAAUUUAUUUUUGUCCACAGAAAGGCAUAAUGGUCGUAGUCGUAUUUUACAAUUCUUUCAGAGCGGCUAGAAGUGCUUGCACCAGCACCCAGUCAGUCUGUCUCUGCAACACAAAAGAUAAAGUGUGUUGGGAGGCUGGAAAGAAUGACGAAGCCCCGGAGUUGAUCUGGCUUUGGCCAUACUGCAAAGGAAGUGGUGAGUCAUCAAAAAAAAUCAUUCAUUUUGAACAAAAAAAAUAAAAUUUUUCCAAAGUAAGUUUUUAAUUAAGACUGCGCCUACAACGUGGGUCUGAGUGCCACCAACAAGGAAGCCUUUAUUCAAAAGUCUGGAGCGUCCGACAAAUUCACCGUCAAGCAGUCUGAUGCCUUAUACAAGAAGUCCGUCCUUGGCGAAGGCCUUCCAAAUGGAUACCCAUUGAUUGACUCGGUCGCUUGUGAUUGUAAGACAGCGCUGGCGGUCAACACAUGCACUGCGAUUCAAAAAUAA